UUGACCUUUCAGCAAAAGUAAAAACUUGUAGUCUAUGCCAAAUCAUAUGACUUUUGCACGUGAUCUGACAUAUUAUUUACAUUAUCAGUGUUUUAAAAAGUUUUUUAAACAAUGCUUUUCUAAUUAGAUUGCCUAUAUGAUGUUGGGGCAGUGCCCGCAAUAAAAAUGUGGUGAGAUGUUACGUGUGAAGCAAUGGCUUUAUUCGACAAAUUGUUUUCUCUCAAGAGAAAACUUGAUGAUCGCGAAGCACGAAACCGCGACAGGUCCUGUCAGAUAAAUCCGGAGCAAGUGCGGUUGCUUCUAUUCAAGGAGUGCGAUUGGAGGGGCAGGAAGCUCUUGUUUGACUCUGCUGCUGUUCAGAAGAUCCCAGCGAGUAAAAAUGACAAGCCUAACGUCAGACAGUCGGAUGAAGUGCCAUGCAUUCUGGAGGUGUCCGAGGGGUUCACGUAUUUGUACAAGGGUCCGGCAGCCGAUGCGAACGUACUCGGCGAGAUGAUAUUUGGAGCGGUCGCCAUGAACUACAAGAGCGUAUCGUUGAAAAUCCACAUCAUGGAUGAACCUAGAAGGUUGAUGUGCUCAAAAGUGUUCUGCGUGCCAUCGCGUCGGAUCAGCCGGGUGGGUCGUAACCCUGAACGGAGGGAAGCGAGCGGUGUUGGCGAGAGUGGUGACCGGUCCAAACCGCUUAGUGUUCCUCUAGUGAGGGAAGAAGGAGUGUCUUUGAGCUUCUCACUUGAUAGGGGAGAUUCGGGGUACUAUGGAGAUCAUUCGCCGUACAGCAGUGUGGGUUCAACAAAUGACUAUUUCUCCAUGUGCGAUAUAUGGGACAGCAACAACCAAGAUGACUUCUGCUCUUUUCAUCUACCACCUGGCAGAAAACUGAGUACUUCAAGUAAUGGCAGUUGGCAACGAAGAACUUUCCAGAAUAUGGCCACCAGAUUUGACGUUGGACACCAAAGCAACAACCUGCUAGGAGUUCCCACCAAAACAAGCAAUGCGGCCAGUUCGGAUUCACAGCUAUACAGCAACAGCACGACAAGUGGUACGAGCGAUAGCAUAGCCAGCACGGGAUCAGCGAUGAUGCAUAGGAAGAACAAACUCGGCCUAGCGCUGCUGAUCAGCGUCAACGAUUCUACGCAACUUGACGUAGUGAGGCGAUGUGUGGAACACUCGCCGCAGCUACAAGCACUGGUGUGUCGGCUGCGACUGGCGACAUUAGCGGCCGGCGCCACCGGCGGCCGAGUGUCUACGCUGUACCAAGCGGCCGAACAUGCUGCUUGCUGGUUGUCAGACCUGGUGUACGGGCCUCGCCUACAGCCGAUGUGGUUGAAUCUAGUCACGGGAGACUCGCGGGCCUCCAACAAACUCGCCGAGACUCUACUGUCCGAUCUCUGCUCCGUAUUAACUGUGGGAGACACCAAGACCACCAAUUUUUUCAUCAGCACGCUACUGACGCACGUGCUGACGUACCACCUGGGCUGGGUGGCCACCGUGAGCCCGUACGACACUAUAGACCACCAAGCGAGGCCAACUGACGCAGUAUCUAGGCCCUACAACGCGCUCUGGGCGCAACUCAAUGAUCUCUGCGGCAGCAUCGGGUUCCCUCCCCGCGCUGCCCGCACCAUCAUCAGCGGACAAACCAACACACAGUUCCUCAACAGACUCCUUGUUGUCCUCACGUACUUCUUGCGCUGCGGCGACGUCAGACGGAACGACUUCCAAUUCCAAGACUGCAAGCUCACUGAAGAAAAAGUCGUAAGCGUAUCCCCCGAAGUCACCGGCCUGAAGAGGACAGCCACACACGUAAACAAACUCGCGCAGUGCGAAGCGGACAGUUUAACAGUGCCGUCGGUGAAUACUCUGAACAGUGAUAGUAGUGUCAGUACGUUAGCGGCCAGCGAGGUCAGCAUCAAGCGGUCGUCCACGCUCGCCAACUUAGGUCAAAAGCUCUCUAAUAGCUCCGACUUCGUAGUAACAGACUGUAGUUCCACCAGCGACCUGCCGGUCACGAGCCAGCUCAAGCGGAACCCAACCGUGAUGCUGUCGUUAAAGGCCUCUUCGGAUUCUAGUCUUAAUUCGUCACUUUCCGAGAAUGAGGUGGAGGAGAAGAAAGUAGUAUUUGUGUUAGGAGAUAACGACAAACUUGUAGGCCUCAAGAACAAGUCAGUAGACGGGAAAUCCGUGAAGAAGUCUUCCAAAGUCCACAAUGAACCCGUAACGCUAGAAGUACCAGAGAAGUUGACUGAACCAUGCAAGAAAGAAGGCUGUGUGCAGGACAAGCGGGCGGACAGUCCGUCGAAAUGCUGCGGGCAAACGCUUCAACAUUCCAAACCAAUCAAACAUUCCGGUUUUAAGUUCGAGUUCGAUAAGUACCCUCAGAUAGUCACUAAUUAUAUGAAGAGCAAAAACUUAGAGAUAUUAGAUAGACAUUACAUUGGGAAGCCGGGGAAUUUGAAGUUGGAUAACUUCCAGUUUGACCCGACGAUCGUGCCGCCGAUACAGGAGGAGAGAUGUGAGACUUGUGUCAAGUGUCAGCUGCUGGAGUCGAUGUUGCAGACGCCGACCAACGCUUCGGAGAUGGAGUACAUGAACGACAUGCCGCGACAGAUCGAGCCGCAGUUUGCUAAAGAGACUAUUGUGGAGUCGUCGCCUGAGAGGGAUGAGACGCCAAAGACUUUUGUGAGACAGCGGAAGGAGAAUACGGUGGUUGUUAACUAUGUGAAGUCGAAGGAGGAGAGUUGUGAGGCGAAGAGGAGCGAGAGGAGGGUUAAUAAGGAGAAGGCGAGGGAGAAGUUAGUGGAAGUUCAGCAAGUGUUGGAGUUCCCGGUGUGCGGGCUGCGCGGGGCGGGGCAGGCGCCGCGUGCGGGGUUCGAUGCCUCGCUGCUGGGAGGAGUCACCGAUCAUUAUGUACCUGAUUUAAUUUUACAAGGAACAAUAUCCAAACCGGCUAUGUGGGAGCCGCAGCUACGUCGCGACUUGGACCUGACUUCACACAUCAACAAGACCACGGAGUCGCCCGGGCCCGUCGCCGUCGCUAUCAUAGGCGACAUCAACACUUGGGAAGUACGCGUAGUAGGCAGAGACUGCGGUUCGGGUGGCAUGUCGUCACUGGUGGGCGCCAUGUUGGAUACAUUACCUGCCAUGUGGAAGGCCAGGGUGCCUGCGCAACAGUGCCUCUCAUUCCUGGAAGGCAAACUGCGUGAAUUCUGCGUGCUAUCAAAAACGUUAGCCGACAUGCUAAUGUCUACAGACUUCUGCGAUAUCGCGACACUAACCAAAUCUCUGAACAUCGACGUGAAUGACGUUCCUUUAUUACUAGCCGUGGCCACUACCCAUACGCCGCAAGUUGCUACCAGAUACGGAUUAAGCUAUGGAUAACGGUAAAUGUAGCGUGGUUCAUCCACGGUAAGGUUUGUCCGAUUAAACACCCUAUAUUACGUAAAAUAUUGGCAUACAUUGCGACACUACCAAUAAGGAAGUCGUGUAAAGGCAGUGUAUGUAAUGCCCUUUUGAAGGUAUUUGAAUCAAGCAACUGUUUUCUACGUAAUCAGGGUACCACCGUAAGUCCAAACAAAGGACUUAUGUGAACAAAGAAAUAUGGCAUUGAUAUCCGAAGAAGUCAAGCCCGAGUUUUGUAUUACAUUUUUACCGCCAAGAUUAAUAGAGAAGUUAUCCGCCUAAAAGUUAAAAGCUUGGAUUUUUAUUGUAAAAUAUCAUGUGAGCGCUCGCGAUUGGUUGUUAGAAAUGGCCUUCGUAAUAAGUUGACGUGAGAUUUGACAGUAAAAUUGCAGUUUCGCACGUUACUAAGCCUUUAUGGCUACGUAGAAAAUUAAAACUUAAAUUAAUCACAACUUUUUCUACUCUAAAUGUUAGGUCUCUUCACCUUGCUAAGGUUAUACCUUUCGGUAGCUUAAUUUUCUUCUGCGUAAUAAUUUAUACUUAUAAUAUUACACCGUAUAGAUGCGCAUCCUAUUUCGUCACUACAAUAAAUUCAAAAUGGCGUUACAAAUAAAUUCAGAAACAAAGUUCGACACUACAUAUCGACCUUUGGUUGGCAUUCCAUUGACGCGUUACGUAGUUCAGUAGUAAAUGUAUGGGAUGCCAUCGUCGCGUCCAAUGUCUGUCAAAGACAUGUGUAAGUCUUCAUGACGUCAUUCUAUCAAUGGAAUGUCACUAUACUAUGUCGAAUGUCGUGACACGUUUUGCCUCUUCCUGUUACGUCACACUUUUGAAAUAAUUUAUUCGUAAUUAGCGUCAAAAUGAGACGGAAUUAAAAAUUUGAUCCUAAAGAUGCAAGUCUAUACUUUGAUCAUGCAAAAUCUUGAUCAGUAUAUUGUCGUAAUUCCUUAAGGUAUGAUUGACAUUCACAUAUUUAAGAUCCGAUAUAGUUAAAAAGGAUCUAAAAUGUAGCUAAAGAUUCCCUUCGCUUCUAGUAGCUAUGCUACAAUAAUUCUUACAAUUGUUAUAAAUGUCUAUCAUAUAAUGGUAUAGCUUUAUGGGAAUGCAAGGAAUUGUCGCAAAGCGGAAUUUUAGCGACCCGCGCAGUAUUGGCUUAAAUAAAUGUAUGUGUAGCGAUCAUUCAUAAUACACGUAAAAGUAUUUACUUGAUUGUAUAUAGGUAUAAUUUUAGAAGAUAUCGUUAAAAUGCAUAAUGAUCAUUAAUAUUAUUAAAUUAUUGAAAACUUGCCAUAAUGUUACAACAGUAUAACGUAAAGGAAUACACUUACAAGUUUAACUUUAGAAUACAAAUUCUUGCAGGAGCUUUGCGCGGGAAUCUGUGAUUUAUUUAUUUUUAUAUCGUAUAAUUUAUAUUUUUAUAUCUUGCGGACAGAGUCCACUAUUCCUGUAAUGUGGGCGUCGCCCGCUCGAUGCCAGCGUCAAUAUUGCAUGAGUAGUAGACUUUGCCCGCCACAUGUACAGUAUCUAUUUUAAUUGUGAUAAAUCGUAAAAUAUUAUCGGAAUGGUUAUUGUGAUUUGAAAUCAGUUCAGGUUUUUAAAAGGCCUACAUAUAAUUGUGAUAGUCAAUUGAAUUUUGUAAAUUUAUUUAUACAUUGAAAGCUCAAAAGCUGUCAAGAUAUUUUACCUAUAUAUUUUGUUUAUAUGCUGCGUUGUCGAUGCACAAUAUUCAGUAAUCGCGUAGAAGUAGGAACUUAGCAGCAAUCGGCAUCCAGGCAGUUUGGAGCAGCUAAAUUAAAAUAUCUUUACUGCCACUGUAUUCAACUUGUUAAAUUUAGAAAUUGUACGGAGCUAUGUGUAAAGUUAGUUAAUGUUCUGCUACUGUGAAGUUGUCGGUACAAAGGGACUUCGAUAAACUGAACAAAUAAUAAUCAAGACUAAAUAUGUAAACUUAUUCUAAUAGCUUUGAUUCUGCAGUGCACCGUUUAGAUAUUGAACAAUUUGAAAGUUGUGUACCACAAAAUAGAGAGACAGAAACAACGACAAAUAAUGACUAAUUAAAAAAACAUGGCUAAUGUUUAUUCUCCCAUUUGUAUAAAAGUCGGUGCACUAUAGAAUAUACACAUUCUUCACAAAAUAUAAUACUCAUCGAUUUUACUAUCUACCGAAUUUGCCAUACACGAAAUUUUCUAUGCGUUAACAUUCCAUUGCGUGCUUUUUAUAGUAGUUCGUACUUUCGUAGAAAUAGCGUGAUGGAGUAGUUGCAGUUUCGUGCUUGGCGAAUUUUUGAACUAAAGGCCGUCACACACGAAGCAAUGUAAUCAACGAAGAUAAUAUAAUUAUUAUUACUAGCUUGUACUACAAAUUGUCUUAAGUACAUUAGAAAAUUGUAUAAUAUUUUGAGUAUUUUCUUCAUACUUUCUUUCGUGUGUAAACGUCUUUAUCAUUACAAAUGUAUCUUUCAAUUUCGUCUUUUAAAUCUUGUACUAGUGUUCGUUAUAAAAUAGGGGACACGAAAAGCUUGCUUGUAACGUAUAACGUUGUUCCUUUUUAAUCAAUGUUUUGUUUCAUUAAUUUUGGUUCCUCAUACGUUCUACGUCUAAAAUCAUUAACUCUAUAACCUAAAAUAGGUUAUAUUCUAUAACCUAAAAAGUUCAAAAUCUCUCGUCGACUGGUAAAAGUGCACAAACCGUUUAUUCGUCAAAAUAACUUUGAAAAGAAAAGAAAUAUAUGAAUCUGUGCAAUACCUGUAUUAACACAUUAAAGUUUCAUACAUAUCUGUCAUACCUACUGUACCUACAAUUACCUGAGAAAGUCUCAGUACCUAAGUACCUUGUCUGUUUUCGUGAGGGUGAUAUGUAUAGUUAUUUUAUAAGUUCUCAUUUUUUAAAUAAUGAGUAAUACUUUUUUAUACUUUAAUCUGAUAAUAAAUUAUUUUUUUCAUAUUGAA